GCAAUUCAAACUUCAGGGCUCUGGUAUGAAUUGUUCUCUCCUUCCUGGAUGGUAGGAAUGAUAGGCCAGCAUCCUUACAUUUAGAGGUCCGGGGGGCCUGUGUGCCACCCCUGGUUCGUACAGUGCGUAGGUGGGGGAGGUACAGCCGCCUCCAGGCACCUGCAAGCGGGUCCAGGCUUGCUAGGAGACCAAGCAGGCGGUGGGCGGGUCCGGGCGGGUCCCCGGAGGCUGUAAAAGCCGGGCAGGAUGGAGCUCUGACACUGAAUCGGCGGCUAUGGAGCGUCCUCACUUCCCGCUGGCGAUGGGCCUUGGCCUGCUCGCAUUCUGCCUCCUGACCCUAUCCCCGGAUGCCCGCGCUGAGCUGCGGAGCCGCAGGACCGGAGAACGCCAGAACCUGUCACCCGACGACCCGCGGGUGCUGAAGGCCGCACAGGCAGCUGUGGCCAGCUACAAUAUGGACAGCAACAGCCUCUACUACUUCCGAGACACCAAAGUCAUCGAUGCAAAAUGUCAGCUGGUGGCUGGCAUCAAGUACUACAUGACUGUGGACAUAGAAAGCACAGAGUGCAGAAAGACCAGAGUCUCUGGAGACCACGUGGACCUCACCACCUGCCCCCUGGCUGCAGGAGUGCAACAGGAGAAACUUCGUUGCAACUUCGAGCUCCUUGAAGUCCCUUGGAAGAACACCACUCAGCUUCUAAAGCAUGACUGCGUGCAGGUGUGACUGGCCCCAGGGUGACAGCGUCAGGACCCCAUGGGAACCAGCAUGGCGGGCGGAGGCACCUCAGGGUCAUGAACUACACCUGCUGUAAUAAAUCUCCAGCUGUUCCUUGCA